GUACCGAUAGUGUAAGUCUAUAUCAAAAAAAAUAUUACAAUUCCAACAAUAUUUUAUUCAUUCGUUCGUUUAGUGUUGCUGGUUCAUUAUGUAGCAAACAUUUAUAUUUCAACGACUCGUAUCAAGAAAGCCAGUGGACUACAAAACAAAAAUGCCAGUUCCAUGCAUUAUAUCUCAAGUCGUAUAAUUAUUUGUUUUUAGAACGAAACACAAAUGUUUUGUUUAAACUGUGUCAGUUGAUGCCAACAGGUUGUCGAGGAAGGACGUAUCAUGCGAUCUCUCAUGGUCAUUCUAUUUGUUUGUGGUAUUGCUUUGUGUAAAAAAAAAUUCAAAGACGAGGACUGCGGUGUUACAAAGUUUGAUGAACUGGCGAUCAUCGAUUCCAUAUACCAAGAGCCGGAAUGCUCGUCCCAGGGUGGUAUGUGCGUGAUAGCAGAGGAUUGUACAGGACCGCUAACAAAACAGACAGGACUCUGUCCUAACCAAACGGUGAAAGGUGUCGAGUGCUGUCAUGGAAUGUCCAAAAAGGAAACACGAUGUAGAAAAGCCGGCGGUGUGUGUGUGCCCAUGCAGUCGAUUUGCAGUGAGAAACUCAUCUUUGCUGCCGCCAGAGACUGUUUCAACAAGAAAUGCUGUAUUAUGAAAGUUGGCCCUAAGACGAUAACAUGCAAGAUAAAGUUUACUGAAUACAGUUUUCAAGGAAAGUAGACAACUCGAACAAUA